AUGGAUUCCAUCUUUGGCUUCGGGCUUUGCAUUUGGACCACUGUCUUCCUCGCCAGGUAUGAACAAUUGCUGAACCUGAAGAUUUUCCGCUGGGGGAUGAGUGGAGUGCAUCAGGAGAUUGUGCCCGUCAGGAAGGAAUUCAGCGACGAGUACCGCGGGACCAUCCGGGAAUCCCUACAGAAAAUCAGCCACUGGAUCUUGUGUGGAAUUUUCAUCAUGGAGACUAUCUCCGUGGUAUGGUACCUCACUCACCUACGGAAGGACAUCUUGGAUAACCCUGAUGAUGUGACAUUCGGGAUACCGAACACAACCAUGAUCUUGCUGUACAAGUAUGCACUGACCCUGAACAUCAAGAUCGUGGACCUUAUCUGGACGCCGCUAUCCACUUGGCUUAGCAGAAAGGAGAACUUCCGAACGGACAUCGACCUCAAGUCCUCGAUGGUUGUGAAGCUUUUCGUCGUGAAGUUCAUGGUGUACUACUACCCCUUUGCCUACACCAUCUUCAUCCAGCCUUAUGAAGAAGGCUGCGAUGGUGGAGAAUUCCGAGGCUGCCUCCUGAAGCUGCGGCAGGAUUUGCAAGUCCUCUUCCUGACCCAGGUGGCAUGCAAAGCUUUCGAAGUGGUCUUGGCAGUCCUCAUGACGUACUGGACAGUCCAUUCCGAGCUGAAAAAUCGGCGACAGGACAAAGAUCUGACAUACUUGGAGCUUCAGGCCAUGAUGCCAGAAUAUGGUGAAGCAGAGCAGAUAGAAGACUAUAUGCAGCUGGCACUCAACUUUGGCUUCAUCGCCAUGUUUGGCGUGACGUGUCCUGUCAUCUGCAUCCUCUGCUUCCUGUCCAACUUCGUGGUCAAGAGGCUCUUGGCCUACAAGCUUUGCUACGCGCAUCGUAGAGUCCUCCCCAGGGUGGAGGAGGGCAUAGGCUCCUGGAACUCCAUUCUGAUCUUCAUCGCUUACAUGGGCGUUACAUGCACCUGCUACAUAGUGUUCUUUGUGUUCAACCUUGAGAACCUCCCGUUCAAAAUUCAGCUUAUCGCCUUUAUUCUCAGCGAGAGAGCCAUGAUGGCACUUAAGUAUGCGAUGGAGCGUUUCUUGGGGAGCAAGACGGUGGCACAGCUGCGCGUGGAGGAGCACAACGAAGAGGUGCUGGACAGAGUACUGCAAAAGACGGACGUGGAGUCCGCAGCCGCUCUCACUAGCUUGGCGUGCGCCUACAAGCCCUAA